UCUGUAUUGACUGUUACCCGUGGAACUGACUUGAGGAAGUGACGUGCUUACUAUAACAACGUGCACUGUGAGCUUCACAUGAACUGUUUGAUUGACACCAAUAUUCAACCUAUUGAGUACCUUCCUGUCACAAUGACGCAGACAGACCCACAUCAGGAGCAGCCAGAGUGUCUCUACCUGGAAUUAUCAUCCCAAAACGAGCAGCCCUCUGUUCCCCUACACACCUCCAUCUCACUCUUCCUCCUGUCUUACUGUGAGUGCACAUCAUUCAAAGUCUUCUUCGUCUCUGCCAAGCCUGACACACAAAGCUCACAAUCCUGGAAGUCACAGGUACCAACGUCUUUAGCUGUCUCGAUGGUCCAUGUCAAGGACCUGCCUGUGUUGGUGAGGGGCUGCCGUCUCCCCGCCAUACUGGAUGAGACUGGGAGGUACUGCAGGGCCGGGCUGGCUGUGGUGCUCAGGCAUAUUAUAGACAGGACCUGUGAGGCAGACCCCAGAAGGAAGGAUGCAGCAUCACUGCUAGGGUUCAAGAAGACCUGUCUGAAGGCCUGCGCUGAGGUGAGCCAGUGGACCAGGCUGUGUGAGCUCAGUAUCCCCUCAGCCGUGGAGGCCCACCUCCGGCAGCCCACUAACCCAUCCCUGCACCUCCCAUCUGCCCUCCUCAACCUUGAAAAGACACUAGGCGAGCCCGUCAAGGUGCACAACGAUGACAAGAUCCGCCGGCAGAAGCUCCAGCAGCAGCAGAAGAACCACCAGAAGAAAAUCUCUCAGGACCUCCAAGAGGACCAAGGGACAGACGUCACCCAGCCCCAGGAUUCGCAGUCCGCCAACGGGCUAGAACUCCAAGCAGCCCUGGCCAAGCUGUAUGUGGAUAGUGGUGCAGUUCCGUCCACGACCAUUAGGGAGAGCUCUGACAUCAGGAAAGUGAAGACCACAGAGCUGCCGCAGCUGGAGCAUGUGUUUGCCGAGGGGCUGUACUUCACUCUGACUGAUGUGGUGUUGCUGCCUUGUAUCCAUCAAUACCUGAGCUCCCUCCAGAGCCACAACGCCAGCGCGCUAUCCCAGCUGCCUCUCUUGCUGCGCUGGUACCUCCAGGUCCAGGAAGUCCCCGGGGUCCCCAGGGCGGCCCAGGCCUGUGGGAUGGCCCUCUCCACCCCCAAGGCCUUCACUACCGGCCCCCCAACCAUAGCCGAAACACAACAGUCCAGCCAAGCAAAUCAGGAAAGCCUGGAGAUGACGAUGAAGGAGGUGCACUUCGUUGGAGGCCCCAGGCCCACUAUGACUAAACUCAAAAACUCCUGCCACGUCUUGCCCCAGAUGGAUUUGUUGCUGUAGCAGCCCAGUAACCAGGACAACGGACAGUCGCAGAGACAUGACCUGUUUUCAUGUCUGUGCAACAAGGGAACCGACUGUCAGAGACAUGACCUGUUUUCAUGUCUGUGCAACAAGGGAACCGACUGUCAGAGACAUGACCUGUUUUCAUGUCUGUGCAACAAGGGAACCGACUGUCAGAGACAUGACCUGUUUUCAUGUCUGUGUAACAAGGGAACCGACUGUCAGAGACAUGACCUGUUUUCAUGUCUGUGCAACAAGGGAACCGACUGUCGUCAGAGACAUGACCUGUUUUCAUGUCUGUGCAACAAGGGAACCGACUGUCAGAGACAUGACCUGUUUUCAUGUCUGUGCAACAAGGGAACCGACUGUCAGAGACAUGACCUGUUUUCAUGUCUGUGCAACAAGGGAACCGACUGUCAGAGACAUGACCUGUUUUCAUGUCUGUGUAACAAGGGAACCGACUGUCAGAGACAUGACCUGUUUUCAUGUCUGUGCAACAAGGGAACCGACUGUCAGAGACAUGACCUGUUUUCAUGUCUGUGUAACAAGGGAACCGACUGUCGUAGAGACAUGACCUGUUUUCAUGUCUGUGUAACAAGGGAACCGACUGUCAGAGACAUGACCUGUUUUCAUGUCUGUGUAACAAGGGAACCGACUGUCAGAGACAUGACCUGUUUUCAUGUCUGUGCAACAAGGGAACCGACUGUCAGAGAGACAUGACCUGUUUUCAUGUCUGUGUAACAAGGGAACCGACUGUCAGAGACAUGACCUGUUUUCAUGUCUGUGCAACAAGGGAACCGACUGUCAGAGACAUGACCUGUUUUCAUGUCUGUGCAACAA